UCCGCGCGCGACUGACGUGUCGCGUCGCUCGUAGAACCGCGCGCUUCGAUUAUAAUUAUCGUAAAACAUUGUGUUUGUGCUUACAUAUCUUACUUAUUGUGUGAUGUGCAAUGGGAUUUGUGUACUAGUGAUCGGCCCAGGGCUGUGUGUUGUUUCAUUGGAAGUCCAGUAUCAGGUGUCGGCAUGCUGAAGCACGUGGUGGUGACGCCGCACCGCGCACGCGCAGACUCCGUCAGCCUAGCGUCCUCCGCUUCCUGCUGCAGCCUCGGCAGUCUGGACCAUCGCCACGACUCAGUGGCCGAUCUCUCCCAUCGAACGACAACAAUAAAAGUAUACGCUCGCUGUCUUCGCCCUGACAUCGAGUACAAGACUCUAUCUGUAACAUGGGGCACCAGAGCUCGGGAGGUGGUGGCCACACUCCUGGGAAAGUUCCGAAUGAAGCACCGGGACCCUAGGCUGUUCUAUAUGAGCAUGGAGGUGCGAGUCCGCGCAGCUGGUCUGAGGACCACUCUGGUGCUGGAUGAUGAUGCCAGGCCUGCGGCGUUGCAGGCUUGCCAUCCGAAGGGAUACUCUAAGUUUUCUCUACAAAUGCGGCCUGGAGGCCUGGUGAAGAUAUACGACUCAGCCUUGAUGUCCUCAUCACAAUACAAAUGUCUGCUGACAAGCGAACGGACCACGGUCGACGAACUGCUCGCCAUACUCUUGCACUGUUACGACUCUACUGAGGGUGUGGAACGAUUCUCCCUCUAUGAGGUGUGUCCAUCCCAGGAGUGCGAGAGAAAACUUCACCCGGAUGAUUUCCCACUGCAAGUGCAACGGGCGUGGUCAGCGGACUCCGACUGCCACUUCCGAGUGAGAAGGAACCCGCGCGCCCCACCACUUCCUCCUAGAGCCCUCCCACCCCCCGAACCCACUGAGGAAGAAGAAGUACCAUCCAGAGCUCUCUCGGCGCUGUCUCUAGAAGCAGAAACCGAGAAGAGAUACAGCCCUGUAUAUAAAUUCCCCAGCAUUAGUUAUUGUAGAGAAACCAAAAAUGACUAUCUUUACAUCUGACUAACAUUGAACGUAGUCAGGUGCCUCAAAACUUUGCCCAACUCAGGUUGUAAAAGGACAGUGAGAAAGCGACUUUUGUGCAGUGUAAAUAAGAUUUAGUUUUGUAUAGUGUAAAUAAUAGACGCUGAUACCUCAGAGCAUAAUGGACGGUAUAAUCUCUCUAAGAAGUGUGAAACCAAAGAGAUAUCGCAAUAUACGGCUUACUAAUACGUGUAAAAUGGAAUGUAACUCUUAUUGUUAAUGCGAACAAGGUGCAAUUUGGUGUGAAACUGUUGAUUCACUUACAACCUAUUUUAACAUAAAUUAAUCCAUUAUUUAGACAUUCUUGGAUAAUAAUAGAGAAAAUUUUAAAAAUAUCCAAUUUUGGUACUAAAAUGUAUUUCAAUAAGAUUGAUGAUCCAUAAGAAACAUCAAAUGAUACUUUUAAAGAUAGGCUUACUGUAACCAUCAGGUUUCAUAAUUAGACAAUGAACGAGCCAAUCACUUAUUUAUACAAACCAAACCUUAUUCUUAGAAACAAACGAUCCUAAAUUCAACGGGAUGUACAUAGUUUCAUUAAAAAGUUCCUAUACUAUACCAUCAAGAUACAACCUAGAUAGAAAUUGACAGUCUUGCGAUUCUGUAUAAACUAUUGAUAGUUACAGUUGUGAACCGUAGAACUGUACAUCUGUUUCAAAUAGCAAAUCAAAGCAACAAUCUUACAUAAUCAAUCCCACGCUAGCUCCUUGAUAUUGUAAUUUCAAAUUGACUAGCUCCCUGAUAAUUUCGAAUUGCCGAUUAAAUUAACUAAAUAUUAUGUCGAAUGAUUGGAUAAAGCAGAAACAGAUAGUGAUGAUGAUUAUGAUGGAGAUGAUGUUAAUGAUGAUGAAUUAAUAAAUUCAAAGCAGCAACUCCUUGAAAUAAUUUUUUUAGCAAACAACGUAACAAUAGAAGGCAAAUCAGCUUUGUAAUUAAAAAAUAAGUUUCUGCUAAUUCUAGAUCCACAACUUCUAAUGAGAAGUGUGGUAUUAUUAGAUAUUAAAGCAGUAUUACGUACACCAAUAGAAAAUAUCAACUCAGUUGUAAUAUUUAAUUUAAAUUCUGUCAAAUUUAUGUAAAAUUGUUAUGAAUUACAUACUUAUCUAGAAGUACAGUGAGGACAGAGGGAAAUAUAUGUAUAAUAUAUACCCAGAUAUCAUACAGAUGUUUUGUAAAAUUAUUAAUAGCAUUUA